GUGAGGUGCAGGCUGACUGGCCACGAGAUGCCCUGCCGGCUGCCCGAGCUGCAGGCCUACACUGGCGGCAGGAGGUACCGCCGGCUGGCACAGGCAGCCCAGGAGUUCGACUACAGCAAGUUCCAGCCCCACAUAGUGCCCAGCACGAAGAAUCUACACCAGCUGUUUUGCAAGCUCACCCUCAGACACAUCAACAAGUUUCCAGAGCAUGUGCUGCGUCAUGUCCAAGGGAAGCGCUAUCAGAAGGCCCUAAAAACAUAUGAGCAGUGCCAGGAGGAGGGAGUGGAGUACAUCCCUGCCUGCUUGAGGCAGAAGAAGCAGCGGAGGCAGCACCCUGAGGACCAGAGGAACGGGAGCAGGCAGCCUCACAGCAAAGAGGAGUUCUGGGAGCCACAGUCCAGCGACGAGAUGGGAGAGGAGACGGAUGACAGCAUGAGUGACCUCUACCCGCCUGCUCUCUUCCCAGAAAAGAGCCCAUCAGCUCCCCAGGCCACCGAGGGCAGCGGAGACUUCGCGACAGACAGCGAGGAUGAGGGGGCCAAGCAGAACGGUGACAUCAACGGAGAGGAAGGGAGAAGGACAGGUGUCAGCAGAGCAGCUGGCAGCAAAAGGGGAAAGAAACAGUCAGGCCCUUCAAAGAAGAAAUUCAAGAGUCACCAUCGCAAACCCAAGAACUUCAAGAAAGUUGUUAAUGGCAAAUAA